GUGUGUUGUUCUCGGAGGCAAAAUGGCGGCGGCGGUGGCCGGGGCCGCCCUGCUGGGCAAGGGGCUGGACAUCAGCCUGGCGGCGCUGCAGCAACAGGACCCCUACAUCAGCAGCAUCGUGGACGUGGCCAGCCAGGUGGCGCUAUACACCUUCGGGCACCGCGCCAACGAGUGGGAGAAGACUGAUGUGGAGGGAACACUGUUUGUUUACACAAGGUGAGGAUCUACUGAUUCACAUCUGCAAAUGAAACCUGUGGAUAUGGAAAAGCUAGCUAGGAUGGACCAUGGCUGCAUGAAUGAAAUGCUCCUCCUUGUCAGGGGUGAAAAAAACCUGAAAUUGGUAGAAGCAAAUAUGGAUCGGCUUCUCCAAGGCAUGGUUUUACAAUUAUGAACAGACUGAGCAUGGAAAAUCGAACAGAACCAAUUACUAAAGACCUCGAUUUCCAGCUGCAGGACCCUUUUCUACUGUACAGAAAUGCCAGAUUGUCCAUAUAUGGGAUUUGGUUUUAUGAUAAAGAAGAAUGCCAAAGAAUUGCAGAGCUCAUGAAAAACCUAACUCAACAGGAACAAUUCAAAGCAAAGCAGGGCAUGGGCACAGGAGUAUCCCCAAUGAUUAUGAAUUCUGCUAAUAACAAAGAAGUGGAUAUCUUACGGAUGCUUACCAAGGCCAAAGAUGAGUAUACCAAGUGUAAGACCUGCUCAGAGCCAAAACAAAUAACCAGUUCCUCUGCAAUCUAUAACAACCCCAACCUGAUCAAACCAAUUCCAGUGAAGCCUAGUGAAAAUCAGCAGCAACGAGCAUCUCAGCAAAGCAAGAAUGUGGAUCCUGAACCACAGCACUUGUCUUUGACAGCACUGUUUGGAAAACAAGAAAAGACAGAUGUCUCAGAACCGCUUAAUAAGCAGCAUCAAGAGAAUCUUCCUGUUAGGCAGGGUGUGGUACGUUCACUGUCCUAUGAAGAACCUAGCAGGCAUUCACCCUCUGCAGAGAAACAGCUUUGCCCUGCCAUUCAGAAGCUUAUGGUGCGUGGGACAGACCUUCAUCCACUUGCUGAGUUUCCUGAGAACCGACUUUGUGAAAAUGGCAAUAUCCACCCUGUGGGUGAGACUUUCACAGGACUCUUCCAACCUGUGACUUCUCAUGGUAUUGCAGCAUCUCAUGUAGUUCAGGAUACUGCUGGCACUCAGAGCUUAUUGCAGAAAUUACAAAGUCAGUCAGGGACAGUGACUAAAAUGGACGCCAAUGCAAUAGGAUCUGUGAACUCAACAGCUUCUGUGUUCAGUAGGACUCCUGCUCCUGUUGGAGCACCAGCAGGAACAGUAAAUAAUAUGAGCCAGCCACCUUUGGUAUAUUUCAAUGGUUCCCUACCAGGCCAGACUUUAGAAUCUCAGACAGUUGGUAAAGAACAAUCCAAACUUCCUAGGCAGCCACUUUCUCUCUCUGGCAAUCAAGCAGCCAGUUCUGGGGUGAUUUCACCUCAAGAGUUACUGAAAAAACUCCAAAUAGUGCAACAAGAACAACAGUUGCAUGUAUCCAGCAGACCAACCUUGGCAGCUAAGUUUCCUGUCGUUACUCAGAAUACCAAUACAUUGAAACCACUGGAUUCUUGGAUCGAAAAGGCACCGGGUGCAGAAAAACAGAGCGCGCUCUUCCAGGUAAUCUCACCUCAACGCAUUCCUGCCACUGUGACUCCUACUUUGUUGAUGUCCCCCAUGGUGUUCACUCAGUCCACAUCUGCUCCACCAAAAGCAAAUGAAAGUGGGCAGUUAGCAGCAGCAAACCAAGAACCUGCUGCUAGCUCAGCUAACCUUCUCCUGCCACUGCAAAACCCAGAGCCUUCUGUGGUCAACAGCAGCUCAAUGACGAAGAUGCAGCUGCAGGAAACACUUCUACACCUGAUCCAGAAUGAUGACAACUUCUUAAAUAUUAUUUAUGAAGCAUAUCUCUUCAGCGUGAGAAAGGCGGCAAUGAAAAAGUCUAUGUGAAAGAUCAUUUUUAAAUUCAGUAUCUUCCUGAACUCUAGGAAAAAGGUUUUCAAAUUUUCAAGUACGUUUAUGGUUAAAGAAAUGAAUGGUCUUAGGCAUUUUGCAUACACGUAGAUCUUGCUGGUUGGCAAGUACGUGCUGUACUGAGAAAGAAGUGAGCGAAAACGGAUUGUGCCUUCAGGGAGGGGAGCGUCACGAUACUGAAGACUUAAUAACAAAAUAUCUUAAAUUAUUUUUCUUAUAUUGGUCCAUACUUAGAAUUGGUUUCCUUGCAUAAGGGCUCAGUUCUCAGAAUUCAGCUUCCUUUUUUACUUGCAGUGUGGUUGGUUGUUCAUUGACUAGGUAUUUGACGUGUUUCUCCGAGACGUCUGAAGGUGCCCAUCUCUGACCACAUGGUGGCAAUGUUGGACUAUUUUUAGGAACGUAAAAACCCGAGUGACAUCUCGGAAGGGAAAGUCUUGGGAAGGCUGAGCUAUCAUCGCACUCAGCUGACUGCAAAGCAAUUUAGAUGACAUGUCAUGACUUUCCCCCAAAUUUUUGUAGAAAAAUCUUUUUCUAUUUUAACAAGAAUAUUUUUAGCUAGCUGUAGAAACGGGACUCUGCGGGUGUUUUGAGGAACUGGGGGGGAGGGUUUGUUUGUGAAUGUACUUGCUAUCAGCAUAGCUCUGGGGUGGCACUGGGUUCAUGUUUGUAUUAUUCCAGAUGCAAUCUGCAUAUUGGAUAAGCAAUGUACAACUUUGUUAAGGGGAAUGCUACCUGGUGUAAAACUCCUAUUAAAUUUUUUUAGUAUGUUCCUGGAGCACAGUGAUUUCAUUGAUCCGCUUCUAAAGAAAAUAAAAUAGCUAUUCCCUACUACGUGCUGAUUUAAUUUUAUUGUACCGUGGACUAUGUAUUUAGAAUUGUUGGGUGAUAUGUAUUUGUAUGACUUUAAAAUGUUUUUACACUUGUCAGAAGACUGACAAGGUUUUAAAUCAAUUAGAAUAAAUGACUGAGGUAAAUUUUACGUAUAAUUUUUAUUAGCAUCUGCUACUGAAGUGCCAGUUUAGUACAGGUUAGGAACCAAAAGUUGUUGCUGAGGAGGCAUUUCUUUUGUGGGUGCAGAGAACCCAAUCUGUACUCCAUAAGUGAGUAUACACUCUUCUUUACUAUGGGCAUUGGUGUAGGCACAGCUCAGUAGCUUCAGUAGUGAAGGUUCUUCAGUGUAAAUUUGGAUGCGGGUUUCGAUUAGUAUAGUUGUAAUGAUUCAAGCACUUGCCCCCACCCCCCUACAUGUGGCCUUUCUCUAGUGCUCACAUUCCUUGCGAAAGGUUCUAAAUCAAUAUUAAAAAGAAAAGUCAAGAGCUACUUUCUUUAUAGUCAAGUGAAUAACGCCAAGAGACUCGUACCUACAAAACUGCUAGACUUUUCCCACACGAAGUAGCUUGUAGAAAGCAAGUUGUAUUCUAGUUCCAUUUUGUUACCAAAAUCUUAUGAUUCUUUUAGAUUCAGUGAAAAGAACAUGUUGAGCAAAUACCAGGAAGGGCAGAUUUAAAGAUAGCAAGUCCUAAUUCUAAUCUUGUAGCCAUAAUAAUUUAUGUAGCCAUUAAAGUUUAUGGGAUUGUA